AUGCCUACUUAUCCUCUUCAGCUCACCUGCUUGGGCGUCAUCAUUGGCACUCCGCUUCUGGCCUCGAUUUUUGUUAUUCUGAGAAUAUACACGCGCCGGAAGCUCAAUCUGCGCUUGAGUUGGGAUGACUGGCUUAUCAUACUUCCUCUGCUAUUGUCAAUAGCCCUCAUAGGGCCUUCAUACAGACAUGUCAAGAUGUGGCAUGUUGGUGUCCAUAUCUGGCAAGUUCCUCCAGAUGAGAUUGAACCAAACUAUGACGAGUACUACGCUGUUGUCAUGGCCUUCAACCUGUUGAACAUUCCCAUCUUGCCACUGGUCAAAGCAUCAAUCAUCCUUCUCCUUCUUCGCGCUGGUUCCGUCAUCCAAUGGCUGAGGCGAGCACUGUACGCCAUUCUCAUCUUCACCGUCGGCAGUGCUUUGAUUCCAUGGUGUCUCUACAUCUUCAUCUGCCCACCCCUUACUGGCAACACGUGGAAGCCGCGAACCUUUGGUGGUCUGCACUGCAUGGGCCGCCACAAGAUGGGCGAGAUGUUGAUCUGGGUUACCUGCGCCAACCUCCUUACUGACGUUCUGAUCCUCCCCAUUCCGUUCAUCAUUGUCCGAAGGAUGAUGAGUGCCCGUCUACGCUCCCGUCUGGUUGUACUGGCAGUCUUUACCUGCAGUCUAGCGGUCACUGCUAUUGGCGCUGCGAAGAUCUACCUCUCAUACCGCGACCGCCUGUACACCCUCUUCAAGCCUGACUGGACCUACCCAAUCGACUACUGCAUCAACCACAUUGAAAACAACGUCGCCAUCAUCGUCGCCAACAUCCCCAUCCUACGUGGUCUCGUCACACGAUGGAUCUUCAACUUCCGCACCAAAGCCACGCCCAUGGACCGCGAGGCCCGCACCGACAACAACUGGCAGCAAUGGGACCUUUCGAGCUCGUCUGCAGGUGACAGCCGCUACACGCGCCGCAACUCAAAGAAGAGCGUCAAAGUACGCAUGUUCAACAAGAUCCUCCCUUGCAUUCAAGACGACUUCUCCAGCAGCCUCGCCACCCGCACCUCGACCUCUGGCGACGCCACCAACAGCAACAAAGCCGGCGCAAGCACGCACAUCACCGAAUGCAAGAAACCCCGUCUCCCCAGCAAAAUCGUCACCUCCAACCCCCCCAAACGCACCUACUUCUCCCGCCCUUCGCGCCGCAACAGCCAAGACCGCUACGCCGCGUCUUCGCACUGUGAAAAGGGCGACGCCAACGUCCUCGAGUCCGUCCGCAGCGUCGGCAGCAGCCUCGAAUCCGCACCUACCCUCGUCGACAGCAAGUACGGUAGAGGCAGCAUGGGCUGCAAGAGCUUGGAACUCGAGUCCCCGCCUGUCAGCCCUACAACUGUAGUACCCGGCAGACGCUACUCUGCUGCUACUCUCCUGCACAGCCCCAUUACGCCGCUUUCGCCGGUUAGGCUGCGCGGGAUUGGCGAUGCGGGCGAGUAUGACGAGGAUGAGGAUGACGACGAGGCCAUUUAUCCGUAUCAUCCUCGAACGAGGAGUUGGGGCGACGAACAGCAGCAGCAGCGUAGGUUAUGA